AUGAGAUUGUUGGAGGAGGAUCCGUCAGGCGUGUCUGGGGGCAGCCAGGUUUGCGUUGGUGUUGUUAAUCCAGAGAGUGAUCUGUCCCAAGAUGAAGACAAGGGAAAAGGUUCAGCAAGUGCAGAACUUUCACCAGUUAGUCAAACUUCACCCUUCAGUAUGAGUCCACUGUCUCCAAGUGCCAGUCCCUUACAGUCCGGUUUCAACAGUCCAAUUGCGAAGGAUUCGUCCAAUCCAGCACUAUUGAAAAUACAUAGUCGUAGGUACCGUGAGUAUUGUACACAGAUGUUAGAAAAAGAUAUUGACAAUUGUUGCCUUCAGUUUCUACAGAACCUAGUUCGUUACCAAGAUAAACAAUAUCAUAAAGAUCCUAAAAAAGCCAAGUCGAAACGAAGAAUUGUUUUAGGGCUGAGGGAAGUAACAAAACAUUUGAAAUUACAGAAAAUUCGUUGUGUCAUUAUUUCACCAAAUUUGGAAAAAAUUCAGUCGAAAGGUGGUCUCGAUGAUGCCUUGAAUAAUAUUCUGAAUAUGUGUACAGAGCAAGAAGUGCCUUAUGUUUUUGCUCUGGGUAGAAGAGCUUUAGGAAGGGCAUGUGCUAAGUUAGUUCCUGUCAGUGUUGUGGGUGUUUUCAACUUCGAGGGUUCGGAAAGACAAUUCUGGCGUUUAAUUGAACUGACACAAAAAGCUACGGACAGCUAUAAAGAAAUGGUGUCAAGUGUUGAAAAAGACCUUCAAGAAAAUCCUAAUAAUCGUGCAGGACCAUCUGGUGUUCCUAAUUUGUUUGCUCAUAUGGGACAUUCCCGUACCCCAUCUGGUUGUAGUGCCAUUUCAUUUACCAGUAGUAUUCUUUCUGAGCCAAUCUCAGAA